UACUCUCAUAUUCUUAUAUGGUUAGGGAGUGUAUGUUAGUUAGCCACAGUGUAAAGACAUCUAAGAAGGAAUUUGGACAAGGAAGAUUAUAUAAUUGUGCAUUUUAUAUUUAAUAAUUGCUGUUAGGAAUAUUAAUACUCUUGCUAGAUCAAUAUGAACUUCAAAAAGUAAGUUUUAUUAUUAUUCAAGAAAGAGCUGGAGUUUGGAGACCAAGAGCUUGAAGAAUGCAGGCUGUACCUGGGUUUAGGUGCAGAGAGCAGGGUGAGCAGUCUUUACAGCAACUUAUGCCAAGAAUGGUACGGGUAACAGGGGCUGGAGGACCAGGCUCCAAUGUUGCAGAUCUCCAGGGGCCACUCAGAGCUACAAAACCCCCACGUGAACUGAGUGUGGAGGAGCAACAGGAGCUGAGGAGAAAGAUCAACAGCCGAGAGAGGAAGAGAAUGCAGGACCUUAACGUGGCCAUGGAUGCUUUACGAGAAGUGAUGGUUCCUUAUUCUCCCACCGGUGUAGGGGGGGCACUGCAACACCCUUACCUCCCUCCUGGAGCACCUACGACUGGACGUCGCCUGUCCAAGAUCUCCACGCUGGUGCUGGCCCGUAACUACAUCCUGCUCCUAGGCUCCUCCUUGCAGGAGAUGAGGCGUCUGCUGGGCGAGGUCAGCAUGGGCGUCGGCGGGACUGUACCACGUCUAUUGCUGGCAGGGGGGUGGCCGUUUCUCACCGGGCCAGGACACUUUUUGCUCUCCCCUCCUGAGCAGCAGCUGGGUGCAGCAAAGGGGCCUUUUCUGGCUCAGAACUCCUCGCCAGCCCAGGAAGAGUCCUCGGUGUGGGGGUCAAACAGCAUAUCGGAGAGCCCGGUGUGCCAGUGUGGGGUGUGCAGGACCCCAAGAGUGUUGCAUAUUAAUCCUGCAGCACGUUUCUCAAAGUGAAUUCAGAUUGCAUUGGAGAAAGACAUAAAAGUGUACCUGUAGCCCUGAUCGAUUUCUUUAUCUGUGGAAGGUGAGGUGUCUGCUAAAUUUUUUUUUACAGUAAAAUGUCACCAUCCAUUAUUUUGAUGUAACUAAUAACACAACUGUUGAACAUUUUCUACAUUACUCGGAGAUAAAUCUUGUUUUAAGACCUUAUGUUUAAAAUCCCCAACUGUCUCCUACAUUGUAGUUCUGUGUCAUUGUAGUGUGUUCGCUAACAAUUAAAAGUAGUAAAAAUUAAA